AUUGAAUCUAAUUAAAAUAUAAACGUAAAUAAAUUCUAAAAUCCUUAAGAAGUUAUUGACCAUAUUUUUUUUAUUCAUUAAUUAAUUGAAAAUGAUAAAAGAAAAUCUAAAUCAGGAUAACUUCUUAAUGGAUACAUUGAAUUUCAUAAUAAGACUUGUAUAAUAACAAAUUGUCCUUUAAAAAAGAUAAAAUUUGUUAGCUUUACUUGGAAAAAAUAAAAAUAAAAAAUAUCAUAAAACGAACAAUAAUAAAAUAAAAAAAAAGAUAAAAGAUAUUAAUUUUGUGAAGAAUUAAUCUCUAAAUUAUUUGAAAUUAAUAUAUAAAAAUUUCCCAAAAAUAUCCCAUUAAGAAUAUAUUAUAGUGUUUUUUUAAUGAAAAUUAUUAAAAAUAAAUAACAUGCGUUAAAUUAAGUUGUAGUCGCUGAAAAUUUAAAAUGUGAAUCAGAUGAAAGAUUUAUAUUAUAUUAUAUAAAGAGAUCUAUUGAAAGCGAAAUAUCAGAAAUAAGUAAAUAAGAUGGCGAAGAUUAUGGAGAAUAAAGGAGUUUAGAAGAUAAAAUUAAUAACUUCAAAAGCGCAAUGGAAUAAACUGUGAGUCUUUUAAUGGAAUUCUGGAGUUAGUUUUCAGAUGAUAAACCAGAUUUAAUAAAAUUAUAUGACAUAGGGUCUAAAUUAUUUCCUUUAAAGAUAUUAGUUGAUGAUAUGUGGAAGAAAAUUAACACAAGUAAAAAUAUUUUAAUUCCGAAGGUUUUUAGAAUAUAUUCGAAAUAUUUAAUUGAUAUUUUUAAUGAUAAAUAAUAAGGUAUUUAAUUACUAGAAAAAGCAUAGAAAAUAGAAUAAAAUCUAAUUAAUAAAAAAGACUAUUAUUUUAAUAUUUAAUCUGACUUUAAUAUUGAUAAUUAAGAAGAUGGAAUUAUUUUUAUUACAAUAGAAGAAGAAAAAUUAGGACAGAUUAUUGCUUGUAAUUUAAAUGCAGGGUGCCUUUUUGGAUAUUAAAAAGAGGAAAUUAUAAAUAAAAAUGUCAAUUUAUUGUAACCAUUUUUAUAUGGAAAAUAUCAUGAUGAUAUAUUAAAGUAUUUCUGUGAUUAAGAAAAUAAGUAGUCUGUAUUAAAGGACAAAUUCAUUUUUGGAAAAAAUAAGUAAUAAUAUAUUUUUCCGAUUAUGUUAAAUAUUAAGCCUGUUUUACAUGUUCUAAAAGAUAGUUAUGAGUUUUUUGGAAUUUUUAGAAAAGAAAAAAUAAUUAAAAAUAUUUGUUAUUUACAUGUAAAUGAAAAAGAUAUAGUAAAGGAUAUAUCAUCAUCUUGUAUUAAUAUUUUAGGUUUAGAUAUAAAUAUUUUAAGUUUAGAAUAAAUUAAUGUGAAUAAUUUAUUUAUUGAUAUAUAAUAGAAUAAGUAAUAAUAUAUGAGCAAAAAAGGAUUUUUAACAGAUUAUAUAUUUCCUUAAAUAAAUGAAGAUGUAAUAAUGCAUAGAAAAGGUGAUAAAUAGGUAAAAGUAAAUGUUUAAAUUAUGGAUUUGAAAUUUAAAUGUAAAGAAAAUUAAUUAAUUGGCUAAAUUUAUAAAAUUGAAAAUAUAUAAGAAAAAACAUCUUCUUGUAAAAGUUAAAGGAGUAAUUUAUUAGUUAAUCAAAACUAUUGCUUUUAAUUCAAGUUAUGUAUUUUAGAAAAUAAUGACAUUAUUUAUAAUGGAUUGUAUUUGUGUGGAAGUUAAUAUGUUGAAAUUAGUAACUUUUAUAAUGAAUAAAGCUUUUUAUUUGAAUAAAAUAUAGAUAAUAUAGUACUUUUAAAAAAUAGUAAUAUUAAUAGUUUAUAAAAUAAAUAAGAUUUAUUAUAAGACAAUAUAAAUAAUUAAAAUUAUAACUGUUAUAAAAUUGAUUAUUCUAAAGGCAUUAGAACUAUAAAAUUAGUAAAUAAUUAAUUGCAUGAUGCUGAAAAAUACUAAUAUAUCGAUUCUGAAGAAGAGGAAGAAGAAGAAGAAAUGGAAGAUGAUGGAAUGUCAGAUAAUGAAGUUAAUAGAAAAAUACGUCAGAAAAAAAUAACUCUUUAAAAAUCAAAAGAAAACAGUAUUUAGAAUGAAUUAUUUGAUUAAUCAGGUAUUAAGUCCGCAUAAGGAUUAAAUGAAGAACUUGAUAAAUAAUUAGAAUCUAAAAUUAUUUAAUAAUUGAAAAUAUUUACUUUAUUAGCUUUAAUUGUUAUUAUUACUAAUGCAAGUAUAGAUUUUGCUUAAAAAAAUAUAGGAAUUAAAAAAAAGUAAAAUUUAAUAUAAGAAAUUAAUCUCUAAUCUACAAGAAUUUCUGAAAUUUAAGAAAUUAUAUGUUAUGUACGUGAAUUAAAAUUACUAAGUGAAGGUAUAAGAAUACCUUAAUAUUCAGAAAAUGUAACUAAUAAUGAUUAAAAGAUAAAAAAUGAUUAAAAAAAAUUAGAAGAAAAACUAAAAAACUCAAUAAAUGAAGUAGAGAAAUUAAAUGAUGAAAUAGAUAAGAUAACUAGUCUUGAAAAUUACGUCGUAAAUGUAUUUUAUUAUGAAAAAUAAUCAACAUAAUUUAAUAUAAACUAUGUUUAUGAACAAAUAAUAACAAGAUCUCACAAUUUAGUAUAAAAUAAUUUGCUAAAUGAUGAAAAAAUAGAUUAAUUUUUUAUACAAUUUAAUGGAUUAAAUGAUUUUACAUAUGUACUGUUAAAAAUGUACAACUAAUUAAAUUAAAAAAUGCUUGAUUGUAUAGAAGAAGUAAAAUAAAAUGCUUUAAAUGUGUUAAUCGCAAGCUUUAUUUUAAUGUUUAUAUUUGCAUUAUUUCUACUUUUUUUUUUAGGAAAAUCUAUUUUUGUAAAAUAAUUAGUACUUUCAGUUUUCUUAGAUAUACCAGAAAAAACAUCUAAAUUUCUUUAUUUAAAAUGUGAAACAUUUUUAGCAUAAUUAGGUUAAGUAGAAGAUGACGAUUUUCAUAGUGAUGUAGAUUAUGUUUAAGAAAAAGAAGAAAAUAUUGAUUCUAAAACUAAUAGCAUAUUUGGCAAAAGGAGAAAGAAAUUUAAAAAUACAGAUAGAGGAAGUUUUAUUUUUUUAUUUAGAAUUAUUAUUAUUGUUAUUUUUAUUGAACUUUACUUUAUUUCAAAUUAUUUUUUUGGUAUAUUUCAAUUAGAUGGUUUUUUAUAGAUACUUAAGGAAUAUAAUUUUACAUGUUUUUCCGAGCCUUAUUAUUCACUGGUGCUGAAUGGGUAGAAAUAAAUGAUUUAUAAUAAUUAAUGGACUAUUUUAAAUCAAAAUUCUUUAGAUAUUUUAACUCAAUUUUAAUAGUAAAUUUAUUUAAUAGAUGAAACUAUACAUGAAUAACAUGCUAAAAAUUUAAAUAAACAUGAUAAUUAAAUAAAUUACCUUUAAACUUUUUAAGAUAUAAUGUUUGGCGAUACCUGUAAAAUAUUAGUAUAGUAAAAAGGAGCUUCUUUAAUUGAAUGUAAUUAAUUUGCUAAAAGUGUAGUUAAAUAGGGAAUGAUUACUGUUUUAAUAAGAUAUUUUUAAUUAAUUAGAUAUUUUAAUGAUAGAUAUAUUAGUAUAAUAAAUAAUCCUUUGUAAUAGUUUGAUUUUAAAUAAUUUGAGGAUGAAUAAUUUAAAUUUAUUGAAAUUGAUUAAAAUAAUAAUAUAAUGAAAAAUAAUUUAUUGAAUUUAUUGAGAAUUGGAGAAAGUUAUGAAUUGAUUUAAAUUUAAACUUAAUAUUUGAAAUAUUCUAUUAGCUAUUUAAAACAAAUUUUUACUUAGGAAAUUUUAUAUUAAAUAAGUUCUUAUGAAGUAAUUGGUAUUAUUUUAUUAACCUUUUUUAUUAUUUUACUUUUUUUAUCAACUAUUUUAUGUUGGAAUCCUUUUCUUUCUUAAAUUAAUAAAGAAAUUUGGUCAACUAAAUGCUUACUUUCUUUUAUUCCUAUAGACGAAAUGACGAAAAUAAAAAGCAUAAGUGAUUUUAUUAGAAAAUAUAUAAUAAAUAGAAAAAUAUGAUAUAUAU